UAAGCCAAAUUGGGGCUGCCCUGCCUUUUCCCUAGCCGAUCUGGCCAUCAGAGCGGUCCUCCAGGUGGGUGCUGCAACCGCGACCCAGCAACAGAACGAACCAACCGAACCGCUGCGUCGCUCGCCCCUUCGAUUGAGCGACUGCAAUUUCUCGGGCCUGCAAUUUCAGCAGUCACAGCAGCAGCCCAGGCCGCGAAUUUUCUGCCGCUCAGCAGCAUCAAUCGAAGCACCACACCACCAGCACUCAAGCUCGCACCCGAACUCGCACUCGCACUGGUUCGACCACACCAGACAAACGGCUCCAACAGCCACGGCGUCGAGGCAGCAGCUCGCACAACGGCAACACCAGCAGCAGCGGCAGCAGCAGCCAGUCUACCCUGCCCCUUCCCUGCCUCGGCUGCUCUGCGACGACGCCAUCGCGAAUUGCCACUCGCUGCUGCCAUCGCUUCCCGCCAGGAGAAGGAGGAGGAGGAGCGCUGGGGUCGGCAGGUCGGGUCCUGCGUCCACGAGCAGAAUUUCUCCCGCGCGACACAGCCGCCCUAACGACGACCACGACGAGCCGUCGCUGGCACCCCUUCGCCACGCAGCCAACCAGGCGCACCGCCGGGCACCGGCGCUGCCUUCGCCGCUAAUCCUAAUAUCACAUCUCGCUCCCGUCCCCGCCCCUAGUGGCGAGCGGCACGAGGCGCAAUCCACGCUCGUGGUGCCCGCGCGCCUAGAAGGCUCCAAAAACCAUUCGAGCGUCGUCAGUGAGGCCGUCUCGGCGGCCGCCACUGAAGCUAAUUUCCCCCCACGGCUCCAAUCGCUCCCUCCAGCCCUCGACCUGCACACCUACCCGCCCUAGGCCCCUCGCCGCCAGAUCAUCGCCAGCCCGCGCGUCCGGCCACCGCAGCCGCCGCGCCCGCCCACAACUUACACCAUCACCACCCUCCCCAUCCCUCCAACUACCCCCAACUGCCUCCUCCGCUGCAACCACCCUUCCGCACCCGUGCCGGCAGCAACUCUUCUCGUGACCGUCCCCUUCGCCCUCUUCGCCGUUUGGCCACCGGCAGCCUCUGGAACCCAGUCAACUCUACGCCUCGGUCACCCGCCACUGCCACCCGACGCCCGCGACGACCGUCCACCCCGCCGCCUCCCCCUGUUCCCCUCGCACACCCGACCCUCGACGCAUCUGUCGCGACCGAUCCGUCUCACUUCAUCGACACUAGCGCCGGCGAGCAUCCCUUGCUGACGCUCCCCGAGCAGCGCCAAACCCGCCACUCGACCUCGACCCGCGCCAGCCUUCAGGUUGAACGAUCUGGCAGUGGCCGCAUCAGCCUUCCACCCUCCGUCAGGCAAUCAUAUGAAGCCUCACAUCGGGCGUCUCCCAUAACGCCCGAAGCUGGUCCCUCGGAGCCGAGGCCCAAGGACGCGCGAGAUCGCACAACAGACUCUCCCUCAAGCCUCGGUUUAGAGGACGCGUGGAACCGAAGCCCAGUGCGGUGGCAGUUCCCCACGCUUCCGCCUAGUGACCUGAACCACGAGCAUUACGCCGUCACAGGGACACUGGAUAAAGGAAAGGGAAAAGCAGUCAUGCCACCCGAAGAGGAAGAUGAAGCCGCGAGGCAAGCUGCCAGGCAGUCGAUGCAGCUACCUCCCAGGGAUCAUGACCUGGAGAGAGGUCCGGAUAUCCUUCCCGGUGCCGGGGCGAUGAGUAAUCAGCGGCACUCGACUGUGUCGAUGCCCGAUGGCAUAGGGUCCGCCAUCUCUUCGUCUGACUCCUCGAUAAUGGGCGAUCCAGACCAGGAGGCCGGAGCAGGCGAAGAGUGGGGGCCACAGCACCCCUGCUUUCCGCACCUCAACCCCCAUGUUCCCGUGGGAUCGCCAGAGUAUGUCAACACGCGCAUCAUCCGGAUACGGAGGGAUUGGCUCCUGGAGGGCGACCUUGCCCCGACCUUCUCAAAUCUGUACCCAGAGAUACUCGACCCGGCUGGUCUCACAGAGCAGGAGUUCCGGCGUGUCGUUGACAAGCUCAACAGCGAGCUGGUGCCGAUAUUCAAUCCAUACAGCUGGAGAAAUAUUGUGGACGGCGUCUUGGGUGUCGCCACCGGCUGGUUGUGGGAAGACUUCGGUCUCACUGGCGCGAAGAUGCGUCUGAGCAAACUGGAGCGUUGGAUCGAACAAUGGAACGAGGACAUGGAAAAGACAGUUGGGUCUGACGAGGCAGGCAUCGCGCCCAAGAUCAUGCCCCUGCGCCAGACCGCCUAUAUGACGCUCGACAUACAAAUUGGCGACCCCGAGAUCGCUCCAGCCCCAAGCACACCGACAGGGUCACGAUCUGGCCUCCCGCCGUUGGAGAUUUCUAGCCCUGAGCUCGAGCCCGAUGCCCCAGAGCCAUGACAACGUGUGCCGUAUGCAGGCCGCCUAUCCGGAACCAUCGGACAUGUGCAAUAUCUGUCCGAGAGAUAAAGUGCAGUCACAGAAGCUAUCACCAAGCCGAUAUACCCAUACAUAUCCACCACUAAUAGCCCACACAACCACACAUACGAUUCCUACCGAGAUACCCCCAGAAUUGCGCGCAAAUCAUGCACGCAGUGCCUUUCAAUAUGUUUAUUACAUUCUUCUUGGUUACUAUUGACUGUACACACUGCUCUUCGAGCCAUGUUUCUCUUUUCCCCGCCGUAUUGUUCUUGCUUGAUGGCUACUUCGCCUAUAGAGACUUUUUGCAGUUGCCCAAACUCGUUACUUUUGCUAGCCAACAUUGAGACAGUCACGAGCAGGUGUUCUGUGUUACAAGGCGUAUAUCGCGAUCGCGCCCCGGAGUAACCUAUUAUUGUCUUGGUCACUUCCGGGUUGACUAUGUAUUACUUCCAUGUUGGCAAUUUUCGGCUCCUGUUUUCUUUACUAUUUGACGCAGUGAGGGGAGACGACGUAUCAAUUCAAGCGGCGAUGCCGUAUCUGCUCUCCUCACCUUUCUUUUUGUUUUUGGAUCAUUCAUCUCAAUUUUGAUAUAUUUAUCCCAGUUUCCAUUUUGAAUCCGCCCAAGAGUCCCGACCGGCUCCGGUGUCUCCCUCUGGGGAGAAUCAAAAGAGAGAGAGAGAGAGAGAGGCGUGUGCAUCAGAGUACACGGGAACAACCCAUUUGUGCGCUU